AUGGACCCUAAGUUGAUGCAAUUUUUGACUAAGUAUGCUUCUAUCUUUGCUAAACCUUCGGGCCUACCACCACAGCGGGCUCAUGACCACUGCAUUCCCUUGGUUAAGGACACAGAACCAGUGAAGGCGAGACCAUAUCGAUAUCCUCAUAUUCAGAAAACUCAAAUUGAAUUGAUGGUACAGGAAAUGCUUGAUGAGGGGAUUAUUCAACCUGGCAAGAGCCCUUUUGUAUCUCCAAUCUUGCUGGUGCGAAAGAAAGAUGGGACAUGGAGAUUUUGCACUGACUAUCAUGCUUUGAACAAUAUUACGAUCAAAGACAAUUUUCUGAUUCUGACCGUGGAUGAAUUAUUAAAUGAGUUGUUUGGUGCUCAUGUCUUUUCUAAGUUGGAUAUUCGCUCUGACUAUCACCAAAUAUUGGUUAAGCCUGAGGAUAAUUUCAAAAUGGCUUUUUGGACUCAUCAAGGCCUUUAUGAGUGGCUUGUGAUGCCAUUUGCUUUAACAAAUGUGCCGGCCACGUUUCAAAGCCUCAUGAAUGAUGUGUUUCGCUCGCAGUUCUCAGCUGAAAGUAGCCACAAAACCUUAAGUAACUGCGAGGGUUCUUUGGUCUUAUUGGGUAUUACCGUCGCUUCAUUAAAGGUCUUAGCUUUGCCAAAUUUUGAGCUGCCUUUUGAAGUUGAGACUGAUGCUUUCGGGUCUGGCGUGGGUGCGGUGUUGACACAGAACAGGCAUCCCAUUGAUUUCUUUUCUAAGAAAUUAUCAGCCACAAUGCGUAACCAGUCAGCUUACACACGAGAAUUUUAUGCCAUAACCGAGGCCAUUGCAAAAUUCUGCCAUGAUCUAUUGGGGAAGAAAUUUAUCAUUCACACAGAUCAACAGAGUCUUAAGGUGCUACUCGAGCAGAAUCUGCACACUCCUGAGCAACAUAAGUGGCUGCACAAGCUGCUAGGAUAUGAUUUCAAGAUCCACUACAAGCUCAGAGUGGAUAAUGUUCCUGUCAAUGCCCUUUCUAGAUCAUGUUUUGUUGCUUGGUCAUCACUAAAGUCUGAUUGGUUGCACCAGCUAAAAACUGAAAUUGCCCAGGAUACUAGACUCAAUGCCAUUGUGCAACAAUGCAGAGAUGGUUCCUCGAAUGAUGCGAACUAUGCUUUGAGAAAUGGGAUUCUCUUAUGGUGA